UGGAGGCAGGCGUACUUGAAGGGAACAAUUGUUUUCAAGCUCUUUCAACCUUGUGCGGCUCAGGAAUGGGUCCAAGGACAAUCCAGCCACGGGCCGACCAGAAGAUGCGACCUUGGAGGCUUGUUUGCAAGUCGGGUACCGGCGAUGCUGGCACCGAAGAUGGAGGCUCGGUUCGAUCUGUUUUUGGAAAUAGGUACUCUUUGGGUCUUUCAAGGCGGCCGAGGUGCUGUGCUAGG